UCAGGCGCGCACGCGUACGGACGCAAAAGAGCAAGAGUGAGAAAGAGAAGGAGAGAGAGAGAGAGAGAGAGCAGGCGAAAGAAAGCAGGCGGCGAAAACAGGAAUCGGAGUUAGGAGAUCGCAGAUCGGUGGCUAAAAGCAACAGAAGCGGCUGAAGAAGAAGCCGAGCAGGCGCCGAGUGCCGAAUUAGAAAUGUUUACCAUUUAAGCGACGCCUAAUAGGAAUACUCUCACGUACCGCUCGUGGCUCGCGGCUCGCUCUCCCGAACGCGCUCUCCCGCGUUAAAGUGAAAGUUUUCCCCACAAAAGUGGCGAAGGUCCGUUAUCUUGGCCGCUGUUCGGGCCAACUUGCAAUCAGACAGUCAGACACACGCGGAGCGUUCAGUCGACCGGACGCGUGGUCGCUGAUACAAUAUACAAGAUACAAGAUACAAGUUACCAGAUACAAGAUAUCGAUAGCCAGAUACUAUAUGUGGUGCAGUGUGUUAGUGUUUUGGUGCGAGCAACUGUAAAUUCGCAGCUGACCAAAGAAAGUGCGCUCGCCGCAAUUAAAUCGAAUUGAAAUCGGGCAUCGGAUCCACAGUUACAACUUCCCAUUCCCAUUCGCGUUCGUCGCCUAAGUCUUUCGUUUAGCGCGCGCAGUUACAACAUUGUUUUUCGCAUCGCACCGAGCAGCCCGAUUCUUGUUGUUUCGUUGGCCAUUUCGAAACACGCUGGGCGAAUAUCGCAGCUAGCCAGCUCCACGAAACCAAAACGCUGCCAGACGGUCUAGGCCAAGAACUCACCGCAAGUGUCCGGCCAGCAGCAAACAUGUUUAAGUGGGUUACGCCGGCCUCAACGGCGACGUUGUCCCGCUGCACAACAACCACCGAGGCAGCGACAACGAGAACAGCAGCGACAACAACAAGGAGAAGAACGACGAGACCACAACUACUUUCCAUCGCUUUAACAAGUUUAAUAAUAAUAGUCGCAUCAUUUGUGCCGACGACAAGUGGAUUUAGAUCAAUUGAAACGAAUGGCGGUGGUCGCAAGCUGUUCGGAGGCUACCGCAUCACCCCGAAGCACUGUCGGGCCACCAAGACGCUGCCCAGCUCGGAUCCGCGGGCCGAGGGACCCACCAUCUGCAUGUUCAACCACGAGUGCGCCCAGCGGGGCGGCGAGGUGGUGGGCGCCUGCAUGGACGGCUUCCUGUUCGGCGCCUGCUGCCAGAUCCCGCCCACGCACGAGUUGGCCAGCACGCUGAUCAACGAGGCCCAGAACGCCUACUUCCAGCAGCACCAGCAGCAGCAGAAGCUGCACCAGGCGGCGGCCCAGUCCUCGUUCGAGAGCUAUGGGGAGCAGCAGCAGCAGUCGCUGAGCGAGGAGCAGGUGGCCCAGCAGCCGGCGCAGAGCAUCUACGACCAGCAGAACCUGGACAAGGUGUACCAGCAGCUGGGCAGCAGCAGCAGCAUCAGUCCGCCCAGCGGAGCUUAUGGCGGCGAGUCCCAGCAGCAGGAGGAUCAACCAGAGCCGGAGCAACCGGUGAAGGAUGAACCUGCGUACUCCAGCAGCGGUUCCUCCACCGAGGCCACUCAGUCUUCCUCCGUCAGUGUGGAAUUCGAACAGGAACCCUCUCACCCAGCAGAGAACCUAAACGAGCAGACCACUCAGAAGGUCACCAAGCCACCCGCCCAGCCCGUCCAACCACCCAACUUCCAUGUGCACAAGCACUCCGUGACCAUCAACUCACCCUCGUCGCCGCCGCAAAACGAUGACUUCGUGAUGCAGGUGCUCAGCACUUUGCCACCGGAACAUGCCGACAACCACCACAUCGUUUUCACCACCGAGGUGCCCACGAAGAUAGCCAGUGGCUUGCAGGACCAAACCAGCUCAGAGUCCAACUCUUUCGAAGAGGCUUCCUCCACGCCAGCAGCGACCCAGAAACCCAAGACCAAGCCCACUCAGAAACCCACUCAGAAGACCACGCAGAAGCCCACUCCAAAGCCCACUCAGAAAGCCACUCAGAAACCCAAGCCGAAACCCGUUCCUCAGUUGGCGGAGAGCAUGAAGCGACCCAUCCAGCAGGUGAAACCCAAGCCAAGUCCGAAACCUGCCCAGUCGACCAACAACCACCACCACAACCACUUGAUCCUGGAUGGUGGAGAAUUCACGCACAGUGACAUCACUCACCCAGGGGCAGAUGCCGAUCUCGUCGAGGAUCUGCAGUUCUCCACUGGCUAUGGACCUCAGCCCGUUUAUGCGGAGCCACCAAAGCAGCAGUUAUCUCAACAACCAGUGGAGCAGAGCUACAUCUCCUCCAGCACGAGUGCCAAGCGACCAACCAAUCAGAAUGGUCCCACCACUGUUUCCUCGAUCACCACCCAUGUGGACUCCAUCGAGUCCAUCAUCCUGCAGCUGAACAACACUAGCCACGGUCCCAGUUACAACGUGGUGAGCCAGCAGACUCCCUCUUACGGAUAUCCAGCAGCAGCUCACACUGAGCCAGCCACCCAACCACCCACUUUCUACCAGGAGAACGAGGCUGAGAAAGUCCAGGAGCAGGAUUCGCAGUCCGAUUAUGGCUACACCACAACGGUUAACUACGAGCCAUCCUAUGACAAGGUUUCGGAUGAGCAGGAUGCCUCGGCAGGAGUCAGUCAGUCUGCUGAGAGCCCCACCGCUCGUCCAGGUUACGGAGAGGAUGUGUCCGCUGUGCUGGAGGAUCACACAUUGCCUGCGAAUGGCUACAACGAUGCAGCUGCUCCAGUUGCCCCACAGACCUCCGAGUUCAACAAGAUGCCCGUGAUGGGAAUUGCCUACCCAGUGGAUGUGUCCUACAUGGAAGAGGAGGAGAACCUCCCAGCCACGGCAGCGGGAUACGGCCAAGUGAGCAGCGCCUCCUACGAAGCCAGCACAGAGUCCACAUACCAAAAGCUCUCCACCGUUCAAACGGAGGAGCCACAGCCAGCGCCAACCUACGUGCGUCCCACCACCAAUGCCAAUAAGCAGAAUCGUCCGGUGGCCUCUUACAUCGGAAUGGUGACCAUGCAGCACUACAGUCCCCAGCCAGGAAGUGGUGAAUACCAAGUUCCCGCCGAGGUGUCCGUGUCCUCGCACACCACCAAGGUGGAGGAGCAGUCAGACGAGACCUCGAAUGGAUAUCAGCAGCAGGAGACCACUUCCAGUUAUAUUGCCCCACCAACUGCAGCUCCUCCUCCGGCAGCUCAUCGUCCUCAGUACGACGCUGUGUCGGCAGAAAGCUCGUCGGAAAGACCCGUUUUGGUGACGGCCAGUCCCAGACCCCGACCCAAACCAAGCACCAAGCGACCUGGCGUGAAGAGACCCAUCAGCGUGGAGAACACCAAGAGAAAGCCUCAACCUCAGCCAAGUGCAGGUGCCUACAACCAGGAAAAGCUCAGCGAGCAGAGCACCAGGAAACCCGUGUCCACUGGAUAUGAUAGUGUACCAGAGUCCCCGAUCACUCACAUUCAGAUCAAGAAGCCAGUGGCUAGUCAUCACAAGGAUCAUGAGCAGACUGGCUACCCCAGGCCAGCAAAUGGAGGUUACGAACAGACCACAGCCGCAGCUCCUGCUCCAGCUGCUCCAUCUCUCAACUACGAUAAGCCAGAUGCUCCACCUAGCCAGUACGAUCAACCAUCGGCUCCAUCUGCCAGCUACGAUCAGUUGGCCCCAAUGCCAUCGCACAACUUCGAGGAGCACGUGGCCAGCUCCCCGGGCAGGAAACCCUCGACAUCCAAACCCAUCUCUACCAGCUAUGUAACCGGACCUAGUACUCCUCGACCUCCAGCCACUGUUGACUAUCACUACGACAAUGUGCCACCGCUUUUCAUGGCCGAUGACAAGCUGGAUGCCUUCAUCCAGAGCACCGCGGAGAACAUUGUGGGCUCCACGCCAGGUAACUACCAACCUCCGCUGGUGGCCACUGCUUCCACACCCAUCUACGCCCAAAGACCGACCAGCAGUGGAGUCUAUGGCCACAAGAAACCCGGUUUCGUGCAGAUCAAUGGAACUCCCAAGCCCCCGAGGCCCACUGUUUUGAUAACGCCCAAGCCCACUGCCAUCAAUUUGGUGACCUACAGUUCUUUGAGCGACGAUAGCAACAAGCUGGCCUCCAGCACGAACGGAUAUGUGACCGGAAGACCCGGAGUGCAGGGAGUGAGUUCCAACGACUUCGAGGAUCCGGGAUACUUUGGCAGCAGCCCCGUGCACGUGGCCUUCACCCAGUCCACCACGGAGGCCAUCUACGCAGUGCCCUCCGAUGACAAGCCCGCUUUCCCCGGUUACUUCGGACCCACGCCCUCGUAUCCCGCCUUCUCGGUUCCUGGCGAGAAGGUUGGCCAGAACCUGAUGGAGGAGACCUACACGUCGCCCAACGACUUUGUCAACUUCCCGCCGGUGAGGAACCCCAAUCUGAACAUGUCCGCUGCCUCCAGUGCGGUGACCAGCGAUCUGGACCUGUCCACUCCCGCCUUCGUGGAGGAUGUGGUGCUGAAGGACAAGAUGCACACACUGGUCCACAAGUUGGUGGCCUCGCUGCAGGGCAACUUCGAAGCCCUGGCCGAUAUGAUCGAUGAACCCGGAAGUAAUAAGACGGCGGCCACCUAUCAGGCGGGAGCAGGAGGAGCCACCAAGCCCGUGAGGGUGGCCACCACCCGCAAACCCGUGAGAGUAGCCACCACUGUCAGACCAAAAGUGACCACAAAGAAACCCGUGGUUCGGGUCACCACCAAGGCUCCGAACAAGAAGACCUCCGCCGUGAGCAGCACCACUCGCAAACCCGUAACACGUCGCACCACCGUGGCCGCCAAGGUGACCACCACCACUACCAGGAAGCCGGCGACCAAGAAGCCCACCCGUCGGGUGACCAGCACCAUCAAGACCACAACCGAGAGCUCGGCCCGACCGGCGGACGAUGAGAUCGUGGACGAGGAGGACGAAGAGGACGUGAACCCCAAUCCGAGCGACAACGAGAUCGACCAGGGAUCUACCCUGAGUUCCUACGGCGGAGCCAACGGGCGGAAGAUCCAGUGCGGUGUGCGGCCCCAUGUCAAGUCCGGCCGCAUCGUCGGCGGCAAGGGCUCCACCUUCGGCGCCUUCCCGUGGCAGGUCCUUGUCAGGGAGUCCACCUGGCUGGGCCUCUUCACCAAGAACAAGUGCGGCGGCGUCCUCAUCACCAGCCGCUACGUCAUCACUGCCGCCCAUUGUCAGCCCGGCUUCCUGGCCUCAUUGGUGGCCGUGAUGGGUGAAUUCGAUAUAUCCGGCGAUCUGGAGAGCAAGCGCUCCGUGACGAAGAAUGUGAGGCGCGUCAUCGUCCACCGGCAAUACGAUCCAGCCACCUUUGAGAACGAUUUGGCCCUGCUGGAGUUGGACAGUCCCAUACAAUUCGAUACUCAUAUAGUGCCCAUUUGCAUGCCCAACGACGUGGCGGACUUCACUGGUCGCAUGGCCACCGUAACUGGCUGGGGACGCCUCAAGUACGGUGGCGGAGUGCCCUCCGUUUUGCAGGAGGUGCAGGUGCCGAUUAUCGAGAACAGCGUUUGCCAGGAGAUGUUCCACACCGCUGGUCACAACAAGAAGAUUCUCAACUCCUUCCUGUGCGCCGGUUACGCCAACGGGCAAAAGGACUCCUGCGAGGGUGACAGUGGCGGUCCGCUGGUGCUGCAGCGCCCAGACGGGCGGUACGAGUUGGCCGGAACCGUGUCGCACGGCAUCAAGUGUGCGGCGCCGUAUCUGCCGGGCGUCUACAUGCGGACCACCUUCUACAAGCCCUGGCUGCGCAGCAUAACAGGAGUGAAGUAAGCCACAACCGCCGUGGUGCAAACGCCUCCGAGAUGGCCAACAAGCUGCCGGGGAAGGAGCAACAAGUGUAAAUAGAACGUAGAGUUUAAAGAGUCGUGGACAGAAGCGUGAGAAGAGUUGGCUCAACCUUUUUGCAACGUCACAUUUUUCGAACCCUUUCCUCGACCUCCCCCCUCAAUGCUACCAUCAUUUCAUUAGCUUAAUUGAAAGUCCACUGAAGCAAUUUCAAACGAAAUACGCUGGGGAUGCCAAUAUUCCGAGACUCCGAUAUUUUGUUUGAUCAGGCUGCAGGUUCCGUUUUUUUAAAGUACGCGUGCCUAACUUUUGUAGAGUCUGAAUGAGAAUUACGCUAAUUGCAAGCCGUAUGAGUAAGACAUAUUUAUUCUAGUUCUAAGCCUAUUUAUUUGACUAUUUAUUUAUUUAUGUGACGAAACGAAACGAAAUGAUUUGUGCGUUUGAUUCAACUAAAAAAAUUGUUAUCUUCAUAGGCAAAUUGUUGUUAUGUUCAAAUGAAAGCGAGAGCAAAUGUUUUUAGUUCAAUUGAAUUUACUAAUUUAUCGAUUUAUAUUAUUAAUUUUUUAUCUAAUUACGUUUUAUGUUAAUUGUUAAGCGAACGAACAAAUCGAAAAUCAAAAAGAGAUCGAAAUAAACGACAUAAUUAUUAGUAAAAA